AUCAUAGAGCGCCCCAUCUCUCUCUAUAUAUAAGCGCCGGCGCAGGAGGCAGGAGAAGGCGGCCCUCGGAAGGCAGUCCUUCGGCGGUGGCUUUGGCCCUUUUCUGGCUCGGAGGUCCAGGGCGCCAUGGAGAUGAAGAAGCGGUUGGCGCUGGAGCUGCGGAACAAGAAGCCCGGCGAGGUCAAGGAACUGGUUUUGGACAACUGUCGCUCGGACGAUGGCAAGAUCGUGGGCCUCUCCUCCAAGUUCGAAAACCUCGAAUUCCUCAGCAUGAUCAACGUCAACCUCAUUGCCAUCUCCAACCUCCCAAAGCUGAACAAACUCCGGAAGUUGGAGCUGAGCGAUAAUCGUAUCUCAGGCGGGCUGGAAGUCCUGGUGGAGAAGGCGCCCAACUUGAUGCACUUGAACCUGAGCGGGAACAAAAUCAAAGACAUUAACACACUGGAACCUCUGAAAAAGCUGCCCCACUUGCGGAGUUUGGACCUCUUCAAUUGCGAAGUGACGACGCUCAUCAAUUACCGAGAAAGCAUCUUUGCGCUCCUGCCGCAACUCACCUACUUGGACGGGUUCGACACCAACGACAAAGAGGCCCCCGACUCGGACCCCGAGGCUGAUGGGCUGGAUGACGAAUACGACGAAAACGGAGAGGAAGGGGAAGAGGAAGAGGAGGAUGACGAAGAAGAAUUGUAUGAGGACGUCAUAGACGAAGAUGAGGAUGAAGACGACCUGGACGGGGAAGAGGAGGAAGACGGAGUGGACGAUGAGGAUGAAGAAGAUGAUGAAGAAGGAGAGGAUGAGGAUGAUGAGGAAGGCGAGGAAGACCUCCCGCAAGGCGAGAAACGGAAACGGGAAAUAGAAGAUGAGGGGGAGGACGACCCUGACGAAGACGAGGAGGAAGAUGAGGAAGACGACUGAGGUGGCCCUGCUCCAUCCGUCUCCCCUUCAUUGCCACCAUCUUCCUCACCCGCCAAUCUGUUUUUAUGGACUGGGACUUUUUCCACUGUAGCCUCCCCCCGUUCUCCUCUUAUUCCCCCCAAAAUGUGAGACUUUGAGAAACGUUGCCCCCUUCCUUGCCCCGGAGGCUCCCGGCCCCCUUUCUAUGGUUGCAACACUCACAAUAUAUUUUUUUAAGAUGUAGAAUUAAGGUAGGCAUUUCAAUAAUUCCCCCGAAUUCCCUGCCCGCUCCCACCGUGAAAUGGCCACCUCUUGCGUCUCCUUCUCCCAUUUUGGAGUAUUUUUGUGACCAAAAGUCUUCCUUGAGUUGAUGGCGAGAGUUUCUUUCCCAUCCGUCUGAUUGUCCCCCCAUUUUUCUUUUGCUCCCCAAUCUUGCUCAGUUUUUUUCCAGGGCUGAGUAGGUUUGGUCCCCUUUCCUCAGCCGCUGGGGAUUCAAAUGCCCUCUGAAUCGCUGUUGCAACCAUCCACACUCCAAGCUUUCCAAAAUGGCGUCUGGGCAAAAGUCCCAACUUUUGGGGACCUGGGGCCUUUCUCCCACGGAAGGAUUCUGCCCCUCUUGCAAACCAUGAUCUGGUCAUUUGGGGUUUUAUUUUUAAAAACUGGAUUAAUUAUU